AUGGCCAAGACUUGGGCAAUUUUGCUGCUACCUGCUCUCUUCUACCAAGCCUUUUCCUUGCAAUGCAACACGUGUCACGGUGAGUACGAUUGCUUAGGAGAGAACGUGACGUGCGAAGAUCCUUCAGCCAGCUGCUCAACAUCUGUCCGAAAGGCUUAUGUCGGCUUCCUGGAAUUCCAGUCGGUGAGGAAAGGCUGUGCCCCCCAGCUGUUUCCCCACGAAUCCAUCUCCCUCAACUCUCACCUCAUGUCUCUUUCGUACCAGGCACGCUACUGUGCUGAGGAUGGCUGUAACAAUGAGACCUACUUUGUCUCCCAUCCUGCACCUGUCAAUCACAUGCGCUGCCACAGCUGUGCCACCCAAGGAGCCUGGUGCCCCGAAGCUUCUCGCACCCAGAUCAGCUGUGCUGGGGAUCAGGACCAGUGUUUGGAUCUUGCCGUCACCGGAAAACUGGGUCCGUAUGACAACAUGAAGAUGAAGGGCUGCACCAACCUCCCACGGUGCCAGGAGACCUUGAGCUUCCACUCUGCAGACCGUACCAUCCAUGCCAGCUGCUGCUCAACAGCCCUCUGCAAUACCUUCAACCCAGAUCUUCAUGUCCAAAGCCAGGCAACGAACGGGCUAGAAUGCUAUAGCUGUGUGGAUGACAAUGGCUCUGGGUCUGGGUGCUCCAAAAAAUCAAUCUCCAAGGUGCAAUGCACAGGCAUCCACAACAUGUGCUUGGAGGGGAUUGGCAACAGCCGUAAAGCUGGUAGGGAUUUGGGCCUAGUGACCUUCAAAGGCUGCGCCUCCCCAGCCAUGUGCCAGAGCUCUCUCCUGGCUUUGGUACAAGAGUUGGACAACGCCGACGUCAUGUGUUGCCAAGGCAACCUCUGCAAUGACCGCAUCGUGGAUGGCGUGGUGACGCAGCGCAUAGUCCCUGCGGACAGCGCUGACACCACGACGGUGGCAGAGUGCGCCACCCCCACGCCAUCUGGCACUGCACCAAAUCCUGACUGCAUCUACGAUGAUGAGGAUGAAGACAGCGCCGUGGUUGCCCAUGUCCCCGCUGGUGCAGACCUGUCUCCCGGGAGCCACGUCGAUAAUGAAAUGGCCCACAAGGUCAAUGAGAAGGAAGGGAGUGAGUCUUUGGUCAAUGAAGGCGACCGUAACCACUCAACAACUGCAGGCGAACACGUCGUCAAUGAGAAUAUUGUUGGCGAUCACACAGAGGGCCACACCGUCUCCCCCGCAGGCAACACAGACUCUGAGGACAUGGCAGUGGGCAGUUCCUCAGCUGCCACAAACUUGGACGAGAGCAACGCCGGCACCAACGCCACCUCUUCUGGCAAUCAUGGCAGUGUUGUUGUGCUGGUGCCCGUCGUAGUCCCCAAGAAGAAUGCCACUUCUGCCACUGCUACCACCACCUCCUCUUCCUCCUCAGAAACAAGCGGCGGCAACAUGGUUGUGGUGGCUUCCAGCGAUGACGAAGAAUGUGAGGCAGAAGAAGAGGCCGUCAGCACCGGGCAGCAGUUCAUGGCUGGUAAGGAGGCAAACCGUGAAGAUUCGGCCGCCACCCAUCCUUCAGGUGUGUUCUACGAAAGUGAAACCCGGCCACAUGGGUCUGCUCACUCUCCUGCUACCGGUACCACAGGAAACACCAAUGUGGACCACACUGGCCACGCUACUACUAGCAGUGAAACCUUUGCUGUCGGUGGCAAUCACGGAGAUGCCAGUGGCGAGCACGUCACCGUUGACGGUAGUACUCCCCAGCCAGGCCAUGCCACCAGUGGCUCCACCACAGGAGGAAAGGUGGAGGCAGGUGCCCCUGUUGUGAUCACCGCCAACGCACCAGCCGCCACCAGCAGUCCUGACGGAGCAGUCCUCGUUUCUGGAGCAGCAGCUGGCACUCCACGUCCCAAGAAGAAGAUCCCAUGCAAGCGGCCCGGGCCCCAAAGCCGACCCGGCGUGAACCUGGCAUCUGCACCUGGAGCUGAGAGCCGAGGUGUGGAAGACACUGCCACCAAGAACCCUGAACCCUCGGUGUUCAGUGAUGCUAAGCAGCCGGAGCUCAAUGCAGGGGGGAAAGGCAGCCUUGACAAUGGGGCUUUGGGCCUUGUCUCCAACUUGGGCCUCUUCUGUUUCACUCUCCUGUUGGCUGCCCUGUUGCAUUGAACCCACAGAGGCUGGGAUUGGGGUUAGGUCUGUUGAUUUGUUUUAGACAAUGCUUUUUUUCUGAAAAAAAAUAUUUCGAGGUACUCUCAU